AUGGAGAACCUUUCGCCCUCCGCGUUUGCGCCGGGCGCUUCGCAGUACAACGCUGCCCCCGAACCUUCUUUUCAAGACUCGUCAGUCGCAGAUGAUCACCAUUUGGCGGACGGCGCGGUUGCUGGAGAUAGCAACUACGUUCCUCGUCCGAAGCGCAUUGCAUGCGUGGUUUGCCGCCGGAGGAAGCUCAGAUGUGAUGGGAAACGGCCAAGUUGUGGAACAUGCUCUCGCUUGGGUCAUGAAUGCGCAUACGACGAAGUGCGCAAGAAGAGUGGUCCAAAGCGGGGAUACGUGAAGCAGUUGGAAGCGCGCCUGGCUCAAGUCGAAACCCUUCUCAAAGGCCAGGAGACUGAUCCUGCACCGCGCACCUCCCCACCUCAACCGAUCGAGACUUCAUUCAACGCGCCUAUCAACGAUGACUCGAUACUCGGUCUACCAGACAUCUCGGGUAUUGGAAAUGACAUUGGUGGUACGAUGCCUCCAUCUGCAGCUGGACUCGGGCCAUCGCAACCGAAUCCGAUGAUGUUCACAGGACCAACGGCUGCCUCCAACGAUUCGUCCUGGGACUUGAUUAGCUUGGGACUGGAGGAGCCUCUGCCGGCCCAGGAUGUCAUUGAAGAAUUGGACAACCUAUUCUUUGAGAAAAUCUAUCCCAUGAUGCCCAUCAUCCACCGCCCUCGUUACUAUGCCAGCCUAAACCUCGCUCCUCACAUGCGCCCACCUAUCUGCCUGCGGUACAUCAUGUGGUGUCAUGCAGCAUCCGUGAGCGACAAGUAUUACUUCUUGCACAAUCACUUCUAUCAACGCGCUCGUAAGUAUGCGGAAAUGGACGAGAUGAAAGGCUUUGGAGAGAAUAUAAUCAGCUUGGCGCAUUGCCAAAUGUGGAUUCUCACGGGCUCUUAUGAAUUCCGAAUGAUCUACUUCCCUCGAGCAUGGCUCAGCGUCGGCAAAGCGACUAGAUUGGCACUAAUGAUGGGUCUUCAUCGCUUGGAUGGCAAUGGGCUCGAUGUCAAACAGUCCAUCAUGCCACCCAAAGAUUGGACUGAGCGAGAAGAACGUCGGAGGACCUUUUGGAUGGCCUUCUGCACUGACCGCUAUGCCAGUAUUGGAACUGGCUGGCCGAUGGUCAUUGAUGAGAACGAUAUUAUGACCAACCUCCCGGCUUCUGAAGAAUCUUUCCUAAAAAGCAAGCCACAGCGUACGCUUCGCUUAUCUGAUAUCAUUGCUGGCGAAGGUGUAUCUACGCUGGCCCCCUUUGCCUGUGUUUGUGUCUUGGCCGACUUGUUUGGUCGAAAUCUUGUUCAUAUUCAUCGACCUCAGCCACAGGAUAAUGAUCAUGAUCUCAAUGGCGAGUUUUGGAAACGUCACCGGAGUCAUGAUAACAUUCUCCUUCACAUCGCACUUUCAUUACCCGAGCACCUUCGACUUCCAAGUGGCAUGGAUGACGUCAAUGUCAUCUUUGCCAACAUGAGUAUUCAUACAUCUACCAUCUGUCUUCACCAAGCGGCAAUUUUCAAGGCUGAGAAGAACAAGAUGCCAAACCAAAUCAUUACCGAGAGCAAACGCAGGUGCCUCGUGGCAGCGAAUCAAAUCUCGAGCAUUAUGAAGAUGAUCAGCCACAUGGACCUGUCAAGCUUGAACCCUUUCAUGUCAUUCUGCUUGUACAUCUCAGCGCGAGUAUUUGUGCAAUACCUCAAAUCUCGCCCGGAUGACUCGACAGUCUACUCCUCCUUGCAAUUCGUCAUCUCGGCUCUCAACGCGAUUAAAUCCAAAAAUCCACUUACAGAGUCCUUCUUGGUGCAACUAGAUGUUGAUCUUGAAGGAACGGGGAUCCGGGCUUUGGAUAACUCCAAGUCUGGUUCCGGGCUCAGCCAUGUCGCUCAAGCUCUGCAGUCUUAUUGCUCUGAAAACGUCGAUUGUACGCCUUUAUACAAUGUUCGCCAGUCACAAGGUAAUGGCGUACCAACCGAAUCUCCACAAGAUGGUUCGAAGCCGAGAACUUCUAAUCGCACUUUUGCGCCCGGCAUGACGACCUCUCUCCCCAGUCGGCACAGGGACUCACCCGUUAUCGAAUCUGACCGAGGGCCACUGGGCAGUGAAUCGCAGCAAUUUUUCCCUCAUCAUGUGCGAACUACGAACGGAAUCAUUGAUGGAGAUAUGGAUUUUUCGCCUGACUUUGGCCUUGGCGAGAGGAAUCCGCCUUCCGAUCAUCCCACUCCAUCAACUUUGAACUCCUCCUCCAACACGUCCUAUUCUAUGUCCGGGAUUGACAAUCCUUCACCCGGUAAAAAGCAGCCCAAUACGACCUCGAAUUAUCCAUCCUCAAGCUCCGCUACAUCCGUCGACAAAGGCCACUCUGUUCAAAUAUCUCCCGUAACGACAGAGUCUUCUCAGAUUCUUGAUAUGGGCCCUUUCGCUGGCCAGACAUAUCCAGCUAGCUCCGCUGGCCAGACAUAUCCAGCUAGCUCCGCUGGCCCUGUUGGUACUGCGGGUGCUGCCAACGUAUUCAAUCUGUCUAGUCGCUGGGACAUGCCUACCACAGGUCAGGACUUGAGCAACCUUGACUUCGAAAAUAUCAACGCGGAGGCAUUCAGUGAUGUCCAGUGGGCUCAAAUCUUGAAUACUGAAAAUGGACCCGGAUGGGAGAACUGGCGAUCAUCUUGA